AUCAGCUGUCAUUUUGCGUUCCAAGCGGAGGAAGUGAGAGUUCUCUGCUGCGCUAUAGCGUUCGGAAUGCGCACACGGGCUUUGCAGUGAGGUGCUGGGGAUUUGGAUCUCGGAGUCAGCUGGAGGUGUGAUGCACGGGAUGGUAAAUUCAUGAGUGGGAGCUUUUAUCUUCUGACACGGCGUCUGUUAUAAUGUAAAGGUCUGUCUGUGUGUUACAUAUGGCUGGAAACACGUGUAUAAUGACCUUUAUACUGUAACAGGAGACUGAAAGGGCUGUCAGCAUGUCUGAUAAAGUGUCAGAGUAUAUAUACUGCUAACAAAGGCUCGCUUAUAUUAUAUAUUGCAUAGUGCUGGAACAUGUCCAGGAUUAUUACUACACUGCACAUUAUGUGGAAUUCUCUGGGAAACUGCAUAUAGAAAGGACAACUGUUAACUCAAAGCUGUUUUGUUUUAAAUAAUCCUUUCAUAAGGUUUUGUAAGUGUGUGUGUGUGUGUUUUAAUGUCAGGGAGAAAACUGAAACGUCUAAUGUACUGUCUGUAUUAUGAAUUAAUAAAAUAAUAACUUCACACAGCAAGAAAGUCCAGUGAGUGCUCUCCCUCUCUCCCUCCCUUUUUAGUAUAUGACCGGAUCCUUCAGCCUUACUUACAUGUUUGGUCGGACAGUGUUUGACAAAAUAAAGUUAGUCUCUGUGGUGUUCCCUGUUUCACUCCCUGCACACAAAAAAAAAGCUAUUUCUUUUCAAAACCUGAUUACAUGAUUAUUAUGUUAAAAAAAUGUUUGGAGUUCACAAUUGUCCUUUAAGACUAAAAUUACUGAGCUGAAAUAUAUGUUCAGUUCAGCUUUGUGAGCUUAAAAUUAAAAAUUCCCUGAAAAGUUCACAGCAAUUCACAAUUUAGUGCAUAUCACUUGUGAAGGCCCUGUCACAAUCCGUUUGUACGAAAGGGGGGCACAGGUUAAAUACAAAAUUUAAUGCUGGUAUUAAAUUGACAUAUACAUGUACUGGGAUUUAUUAAAAAGAUCUGAAGUAUUGCACUAAACUGCAUUCUAUGUUUUAUCCUGCAGGAUAAUUUGUGAAGUUAAACUCUCUGUAUACUGCCUCUGCUUUGGAAAAAAAUAGUUAUAGAAUACAUCCUGAAAAUGGCAGAACGCGGCGCACACAUCACAACAGCUUCUCCAGGAGAUGAUCGUCCAUCUAUUUUUGAGGUGGUAGCCCAGGAGAGUUUAAUGGCAGCUGUAAGGCCAGCCUUGCAUCAUGUUGUCAAGGUUAGUGACAUAUUGCUAUGGGUGAGUUGGUGAAAACACAUAUGUGCACACAGUUCUCCCUCUUGGAUUAUACAGUGACUUUUCAUUUCAGAAGAUGUGAUUUUGCUUAAAUUAUGGAGUGUAUAUUCUAUUGUUCAGAAAUCUGGUUUGCUUAAAUGGUAAUUUUUAUUAAAGGGACACUAUAGUCACCAGAACAAUUAUAGCUUAGUUGUUCUGGUGAGUAUAAUCAUUGCCUUCAGGCAUUUUAAUGCAAACACUGCCUUUUCUGAGAAAACGCAGUGUUUACAUUGCCCUAGGGACACCCUCAAGUGGCCACUCCUCAGAUGGCCACUGGAUGUGUUUCCUGGCUUAGUGCUGCACAGUAGGCAGCACUGCCGUUCAGCUGAAUUUUCAUAGAGAUGCAUUGAUUCAAUCCAUCUCUAUGAGGAGGUGCUGAUUGGCCGAAAAAAAUGGGAAAGCAUUGGAUUGGCUAAAAAUCGUCGGUUUGUGAUAAUGUCACCAAGGGUGCAAGCCAGUGCCGGCAGACCCGCGGCGUUGGAAAUGAGGUGAGUUUUUAAAUUGCUUUUAAGGGGGCAAGGGUUUAGCACUAUAGGGUCAGGAAUACAUGGUUGUGUUCUUGACCCUAAAAUGUUCCUUUAAGCAUGACAUUGGUAUGAAAUGUAUCUGGAGCACAGUCUGUUGUGUAUCUGGGAUCUCUCUCUGUCUCUCGCGCUCUCUCUCUUUAUCUAUAUAUAUAUAUAUAUAUAUAUAUAUAUAUAUAUAUAUAUAAACACUUAGCUUGCUUUACUCAUUAUGAUUUGAGAUGUCAUGUUUCUUUAUCUACUGGAUCGUCAUCUGUGUAGUUCAGAUACUGAGUACCACAAUUUCUCUAAUCCAUUUAAGACCAAUUUCCCACUCCUUUAUGAGAAAGCAUACAAAUAGGCUUUUUGGAACAAUUGUAAAAAAAUCAGUUUAUUUACAUAUUAAUACUCUGUAGAUUACAUUUGAGUGUAUUCCCUAAACAGUGAACUGUGAGUUUAAAGGCAAGUCCUAGCUCUAAGUAUGUGACUUCAAAGGAAAAACCUAGCUAUGCUAUCAUUAUUAAAUUUAUCUUUCUACUAUAAAAUGACAUUUAAGACCACUAAAGUUUCUGAUGUGCGUGUACUCUCUUUCUCAUAUUUCAAAGCGCAGAUUUCAAUAGAAAUUGACAUUUUUAUAAAGAAACUUUUUUUACAUUCUCCAGACUGUCAACCAGACAAAAAAAAAUCACUGUUUAGCAGAUAUAACGCCAAUAAAAAAAAAAUUGCAUGCAUUUAAUUAUGCAUUUUUAAUUGGUGGCAUAUCUAAAAAUGCUUGAAAAAGCACACCAUUCACACACAAAGCUUUUCAGCAAGCUAAAGUGCUUUAGGGGUCUAGAGUGUCCCCUCAAAUUAAGAGGCAGUAAUUGCUCAGAGCACAUGCUUUGCAAAGACUUAUAAUUGAACUACAAUGGGAAAGAAAAGUUUGGGCUUCAGAAAGUUUGGGCUUGGUUGGAAGGGAUGACAUCUGCAUCUUUUGCAAGCUGUUUUUAGAUAUACUUCCAAUGUAAAAUGGAUGCAUUUCUCAUUGGGGUAUAUCUGCUGAACUGUGAUUUUUAUGUGUGUUGCAUUUGUGCAGUGGAGUUUCCCUUUGUUUUCACUACCACAUUCUUUUGAAAAUAAAUAGUGCAGGCAUACCAUUCAGUUUAAUAAAAACAGUAUGCGUUGCAAGCACUUGAAAUUAAAUCUUUCUCUUUAUUUCUUCAUUCUUUAUAGAAAUUGUGGGCGCAGUUAACACAUUAUUAUCCCUUGUAUCACAAUCCUUUUGACAGCUUCAAACUAAUUGGUACAGAUAGGCAGAUGCAAUAUGUAAAAAUAAUUGUUUGUGUUGUAUGUGUUCGUUUUUUUCCACAUUAGGAAGGCAUAUCAACAAAGGUUUAUGUUUAGCUGGAAAUAAUGUCCAAAGCCUUCUGCCAUGCAUGCUUUCUGAGGUAUGGCUAUAAUCUCUAUUUGGCAGGUUCUUGCAGAAUCCAAUCCUGCACGUUAUGGCACUUUGUGGAGAUGGUUUGAUGAGCUUUAUACCUUGCUGGACCUGCUUCUACAACAGCACUACUUGUCCUGGGCCAGAGCUUCAUUCUCUGAAAACUUUUAUGGAUUGAAGCGGAUGACAGAAGGAAGUAAGAGUGGCCUUCGUCCUCUUAGAAGGAAGGAGUACUGGAAGUCCCUGCUUCUUCUGGUACUUGUACCUUACCUGCGGAUGAAGCUGGAGAAGUUUGUGAACAAGCUGAAGGAAGAAGAGGAUUACUCCAUACACAACACAACAUCUUUCCGCAAAAGAUGGUAUAAAGCUAUCCUCGCAACAUACCCUUUUGUGAAAUUUGCUUGGGAAGGUUGGUUUUUAUUCUACCAGCUACGAUAUAUCCUCUGGAAUGCCAGGCACCAUUCUCCACUACUUAAGAUAGCUGGAGUACAGCUGACAAGGUUAACGUUAGAAGAUCUACAUGCCAUGGAGAAGACCACAGCAAAGACCUCAUCAGGGCAAGCUAAUGAUAGGUAAGUUGAAGAAAAUCCUGAUCAAACCGUAGCAUUAACUAAUGGGAUAGUUUCCUUCAAUCACAGCAGAAAACUCUGAUAUUUGUAUAAAUAUUCUGCCAACUCCGUAACAGACAGUGUUUUCCUUGCACUUGACAACCGUAAAAUGUAUCCUGGUUUAGACGGCCAGGUUAUUUUAUGCUCACCAGAUAUUAUUUAUCUGAAAAAGCCCACCUAGGAAAAAGGAAAGCUUAACAUCUAUUUCUUUGCAGACCCAGUAUAUACAGCCCUUGUAAAGCUCUCUCCAUUGGUGCACUCCUUUUAAUAUCUGGGGUUCUCCCCUUAUUCCAGGGCUCCACAAAUCCCAGGCACCAGGUCGACAUGGCGACUAGAAAUUUCUCCCUGGCGCCUGGGAUUUGCCAGCUCUGCGGGAAAUAUUGGAGCCGUGAGCAGCAUGGAGGUGGCCGGCUGAGGCAGCAUAGAGCCGGCCGCCCACGGGUGCAUUGUUGGCGGCGCGCCGGGGAGCAGUACUUUGCUUGCAGCUCCAAUCUGCUCCCUUGCGUUGUUUAAUGAUGCUGGGAGCUGGAAUAUGACGUCACACCGGCCAGACAUCAUUACAGAGAGCCCGAGGGAGCAGAUUGGAGCUGCAGGCAAAGUACUGCUCCCACGCUUGCCGCCUACAAUGCCCAGACGGGCGGCUCUAUGCUCCUCAUGCGCAGGAAGAUAAUAGCCCCACUAGACCCCAGGGAAAGGGAUGGAGGCUGAGUGGGUUUCAAUGAAAACAAAAAUGAGUGUGUGUGAGCCUGUCAGGGUAAGUAUCUGAGUGUGUGUCUGUCUAUCAGAGUGAGUGUCUGUGUGUGCCUGCCAGAGUGAGUGUGAACGUCUAUGAGCCUGUCAGUGUACAUGCAAGCCUGUUAGAGUGUGUGCGUUUAGGCACCUGCCCCCUCCGAUCACACGAGGAACGUGUUUUACUCAGGACAUUGGGAGGAUUUUGUGCAUGCGCAGCAAAUGUGCCAAUCCCCAUCUCCUCAUAGAGAUGCAUUGAAUUAAUGAAUCUCUACGAGGAACAUUCAGUGCCUCCAUGCAGAGCUUGGAGACCCUGAACGUGGCACAGGAGUGACCCUCUAGUGGCCGUCUCAGUGACUGUCACUAGAGGUGUUACUAAGCAGCAAUGUAAACACUGUCUUUUCGCUGAAAGGCAGUGUUAAGCCUGCAGGGACAGGCUAUAGACACCAGGACAACUACAUCAAACUGUAGUGCUUCUGGCGACUAUAGUGGCCCUUUAAGAAUUGCAUUUUUCUCAUUGAAAAUGACUGGUUACUAACUUUUUUUUAGCUGGAUCCUAGAUUCUAAACAAAUUUGUCAAGCCUUGCCUUAUUUCAUCAUUAAGGAGAUGACAGUGGUUAUAUGGGCUUUAUAAGGAGAUUUAAACAGUUUAGUCUGACAGAUUAUCAAAUCCCAAAUUGCUGCUGGGACAUAGGAUGCAGUUCAGCUGCUUGGUUUGGUUUUUAGGUAAGUGUAUUUGUAUUAUGUGUCUUCUUCUAGUUCUUUUAAACUACCAGGGAGGCAUUUCUGCACCCAUAUAUAAAAAUCGGCAAUCUUUUAAAUGGUCACAAAGCAAGCUGAAGUGCUUUAUUUGCAACAAAAACAGACUGUGAGAAAUCUUAAAACAGACGAAAGCUUAGAGAAACCUCAGUAGCUUGUCCUUUGGUUAGUCCACACUCAGAUCUCAAAAAUGUUUCUGCUCACUUGUGCCAGUACAGAAAGAACCUAUACCAUUUGCAUAUCAGACUGAUCUCACCCAUAAAGGCAGUCCAGAACCAAAAUGCCAGCUAGUUGACUAUGUAAAAAAAAUAAUGCAGCAACCCUGGCUAUCAUAUUGGCCUUCUUUGGUUCUCGUCAGCAAAGUGUAACUGAUACCCCUCUAGGUUCAGUGAGCACAGGGAUUUUAUCUUGGAUUUUGUUCAGUUUUUUUUUAAUCCCUUGUGUGCAUAUCAGAUUUUUUUUACAGAUCAUGUAAGUUUACAUGAGCUUAUAACCAGCUUUUAACAUAUUGCUAUACCAUAUGUGUAAUAUUUGCCUUUUUUGUAGUACGGUGCUUUUACCAUAUGCAAGAUUUUAAAAAUAUUAGCAUACUGCGGUAUUUCAGAGUACUAUUUAUUUUUAUUCAUUUACACUUUGUAAAAGGUAGCAACACCCCCAAAUAGUUGCUGUUAGUCCAUUAAAAAUGGAUUCUGAGAUACUGCAUUAUUUACAUGUUAUUUUUGUUCUGGUUCAUUGGACAAAUUCAGCUUUCUUUAACUGUAGUGCCUUGGGCAAGCAAUGACAGUAUAAAAUCUUGCAGAAAUACAAAGAUUUGUUUUGGUUUUUUUUUUAUUUGACAUCAAAUUAUCAGGGAAAAUAACAUUUUCUGCAAUACACUUUUUUUUUUUUUUUUUUAUAAGCAACGUUGUGCAGAAAAUGACAGGAAUCCUUGUUGCACCACAGACUAUAUAAGGAGCAUAAAAUAUUGUGAGGCUGAGAGGGUAUCUUUAAUAGCAUUUAAAAAUUGGGGAAAAAUAAACUUGUUCAGAGAAUAUUGCUUUAUUCUCAUUCUACUGCUGCUAAUGGCAUAUGGAGGGGGGAAUUACCUACUGCACUAUACGGUCUUUAAUCAUAGGAUAACAGGAUAAACGGACUUACGGUCUUUAAUCAUAGGAUAACACUGUAAGUAACUUUAAUUUAAUGGAGUGGUAUUGGUGUAUACCUCAGUCUGAUUGCUCCAUUAUUUGCCAUUUAGGAGUCACUUUGUUUAUAAAGUCCUAGCCACCAUGUUACCUGCAAGUGACUUGCAUAGUUUCCAUACACAUUUCCCUGUAAAGAGAGAACUGUUUAAAUUUCCUUUAUUGCAAAUUGUGUUUAAUUUAGAAUGUCUUAUCUCUUUCUCUGUAAAUAGCCCUAAAGAGCUUGCAGGAGAUAAAAACCAUGUAAAUCAAACACACUGUGAUGUCACAUCUGUUUGAAAUUAAACCAUUUUUUUCACGGACGCUGUAGGAGUCACAGCCAGGGGAUGCGUUGCUAAGGCUGCAUAAACACAAAUAAAAGUAUUUUAAAGGAACACUAUGGGAUCAGGAACACAAACACGUAUUUCUGACCCUAUAGUGUUAAAAAACACCCCCCCAAUAUAGUAAAGUCUUACCUUUAUUCCUCUGCCCCUGAUCUGACUCCUUGGCUGACCUCAUCAGAAGUGAUUCUCUCAGCCAAUUACAAUGCUUUCCCAUAGGAUUGGCUGAGAUUGUCCAGGCAGAUCAAGCCCUGGCCAAUCAGCAUUGUGCACCACUGCCCCAGGAAGCACCUCUAGCAGCCAUAUGAGGAGUGGCCAGUGGAGGUAUAUCUAGGCUGUAAUGUAAAUGCUGCAUUUUUUCUGGAAAGUGUUUACUGCAAACAGCCUGAAGGGAAUGACUAUACUCACUAGAACAAAUGCAAUAAGCUGUAGUUGUUCUGGUGACUAAAGUAUCCCUUUAACUCCUAAACGGCAGACAAUUGAGCAGUGAGACGGAGUUAAAAUGAUCUAUACCCUAAACCUGCCUCAUUGUUUUGAUGCUUAGAGGAUAUCCUUAUGGCUAAAAGAAGCAAAACUGAAAAAAUUAUCCCAGUCAGCUCUGCUUCAUGUUUAGCUACUUUGAUCUUUUAAUUUGAAAUUCCAUUUGUCUAUUCUCACUUUAGUAAAUAACCCCGUGCAAUUUCAAGCAAUACAUUUUGUGUAUGUGUGUUUUAGUCUAUCUAAAUGUUGCAGCUGAAUCCUGUGCGCUUUUUUUUUUUGUAGCAUGGGUCAACGCAUGAAAGACACAAUGAAGAAAGUGCUUGGUGGUGUAGCCUUGUCUGUAUCCUCCAGCUUAUCACUUGGCGUCUUCUUCCUGCAGUUUCUUGAGUGGUGGUACUCUGCAGAAAACCAAGACACACUCAAGUCCUUGAGUACUUUGCCCGCUCCCCCUCCCCCCAUACAUUUUGACUUAGAAACAUAUUCCCCUCUUUUGCCCAAGUUAAAAACUGUGUGCCCACUUUGCCGCAAGAUACGAGUCAAUGAUACAGCCCUGGGCACCUCAGGAUAUGUAUUCUGCUACCGAUGUGCAUAUUACUAUGUUAAAACUCACCAGCGGUGUCCAGUGAGUGGCUAUCCAACUGAGCUGCAACAUCUCAUCCGACUCUAUACACCUGAUGGUUGAACCACAGCAUGAACUAAAUAGACCACUUGAUCUUGAUAGACUACUGCUGGCUAAUCCUGAUUUAAAGGUUUAACAGCGCAAGGUUUUAGAGUAAAUGUAAUAGGCAUAUUAAUACAAAAUACAAGAUGAAAACUAGACAGACAUGCGGUGUUCCAGAUUAAGUGGGUAACUUUGACCCAUAGUUUUAUUAUUAACAUUAAUGUGAUUCUUCAGCUUUGAGGUGUCACUUUGAGGCAGGAAUGAGACUAUCCUAUUGCUGUAAUUAUCUUUGGUAAGCUGUGAGAACCAGGGAGGUAGGCAGCACAUGAGAACUGUAUUGAUCAUCCAUCUGCCUCUACUGGUUAAAAAGAAAUGCGCUUGAAGUGACAAAUCAAAAAGAAACAAGCAAACAAAAAUGCUCAAUACGAAGUUUGUUUCACUGGAAUAGAGAUGCAGAGAACUAAAACUCUCAUUGCGACAGUUUAAUGACAAACCUGAAUAUGUAAGAGACACACUCUUACAGACUGGACUAUCCUGAAAUUCUAGGGGGUGUUUGUAACCCAAGAAAAAUACUAGGAUAAUGGAUGACAUUUAACUUGUAUCUUUAAAUCUAUUUUCAAGUACCAAUACAUUUAUCCAAUUUACAAAAAAAGUUAAGAAUUCCUGACAUAAUUUGUGAAGAAGACGUUUAAAGAGAUUCUAGAGUGUUAGGAAUACAAAUCUGUAUUCCUAACACAAUAGUGCCCUCUGGUCCUGUCCCCCCACACCUCCCAUUCCCUAAGUUUAGAAAGGAUUAAAAACCAUUUAAUCACUUCCCUGAUUCCAGCGCUGAUGUCCCUUGGUGCUGGGUCAGCACUCCUUCUCUGACAGAGCUGGAGAGGUGAGGGGAGAAAUGGAUCUAAUGCUCAUGAGCAUUAGGCCUUCCCCACAGUAAAGCAUUUGAUCAAUGCUUUCCUAUGGGGUGUGUUAAUGAUGCUGGAUGUCCUCAUGCAGUGCGUGAUGAUGUCUGGCGUCACUUAGAGGACCCAAAGUCAGGUAAACUCCCAGAAGCGUCUCUAGAAGCAGUGUUGGUGCUGCAAUGUAAACAUUGCAGAACUAAGAGGGCCAGGGACAUUGCACCAAAACCACUUCAAUGAGAUGAAGUGGUCUGGGUGCCUAUAGGGUCCCUUUAAGCCUGUUGAUAAACGGCAUAAUAGUAGUUUCCAAUUAAUAAUAAAAAACAAAAAAAAAACAUUUGUGCUGGGUAGAUCCACAUGUCUAAAAAUAAUUUUUUUUAUUCGUAUUGAAUUAAGCGGCUUUAACAAUCAUAUUGAGUUAGAGUGCUUAAACUCACUAUCACUUCCCAGAUUUUAAGGCAACCAAAAGUUAGCUAUUGGAUAUGAUAUUAGUAUUUAUUUAUUUUUUUCCUUAAUCAUCUUAAUGAAUUUAUUUUUAUUUUAAUUUACAUGCUUUGCAUGACACACAGGGCAACGCAUGUGGAUUAAUUAACCACUACACUAUUGCUGAAAAAAAAAAAACGAAAACACUUAGCAAGCCUGAGGUAUAAAGGAAUAGCGAAGUUACAUAAUUACCUCUGUAGGUUCCCUAAAUGUGGGGGUUUUAUUGUUGGCAUUAUUAUAGCACCAAGAGCGCAACCCACCUAUUCAAGGACCACCUGGUGAGCAAUCAUGUGGGUAAAGUGUGUUGGGGGCGCUGCCUUAGUUAGCAUGUAUUUUGUACUUUAGAAUGAGAGAAAAUACAUUUAUAUGUGCACACCUUUGCUCUGCCAGUGCUGAAGGGGACCUACUGCGUAGAGUUCAUGUUGCCACUAAAUAAAGGGUACUUUUGCACACCCAACCACCCAUGUGACUUAUUAAACUUACAUGCAGAAUUAAACCAUACAGUUAUCACUUUGGCCUAAAAUUGUUAUAGUUCUUAAUUUAAUUCAUUGGCUAAAGAGCUUUGGCUAAUCCCAAGUUGUUAAAGGGGCAGUCUAAGCAUCAUAAUCACAAUGUGAUGUUGUAUUGGUUACAGUGCAGUAGUUGUUACCCUCAGGUAUCCAUGGACUGCUUGUCUAUUGCUAAUGUGGAUUUUCCACUUUUCACAUGUUUAUGUGCUCAAUUUAUAACAGUUAUAUAAUGUAAUAUAAUAUUGUUAAAUAUGAAAGUAAAAAUUCCACUUUAACAAAAUAACAGGAGGCCUUAAUUUUUGUCAAAUCAUUGGAAAAUGGUUCGAAUUAGAACUGAGAAACGGCAGCUGCAGUGUAACACCACACAGUGGUUAUGGUGCUUAGGUCUUUUAAUAAUUCCUUAUAUGGAGACAUGUUGGAAUGUCUUAUACAGCAGCAACAAUGUUAGGAACAAUUGUGCAUUUUAUUAUCAUUGUACUACUGUUUCGCUGUCAUUAAAAUUGUUAACUUCUAUUAUGUUAUUUCUUGUGUAUGCACUUACUACAACCACAGCUGAGUUGGGACUGAUAUUUGCCACAUCCCUGUUUAUAAUAUAUGGUUAUUGCUACACAUUGGUAGCUUAUAAUCUGCCUCAAAAAAC